CUUCUGUCCAUCCCCCUGCUCCCGCUCACAGAUGCCUGCAUCCUUGUUUCUUCCAGCCGUGCUUUCUCUUUCUGCUUGCCUUUCUGCGAGGCUCUCCCUCCCUCCCUCCUUCCCUCUGGCUUAGGCUCUUUCUUACUCCUUCCCCCCCAGCUGCUUAACUACAGCUCCCACUGGAACCUACACAAUCAAAAACAGCUCUCCUCCAGCAGCCUCCAGAAGCGCAUCACCUGGAGCAGAGCGACUCGCUGCGGGCACCGGACGCGCGCUAGGUAGCUGGGGGCGGGGACGGUACCCUGAUCCCUCCUGAGCGGCCGCCAGAGCAUCUCCCCAGAGAUUUGCCGUAUCCGCCAUCCGGCCCCCCGGGGUCCUGUUGCGGUGAUGCUUACGUUUCGGAGCAAUGAUGGAAAGGGAAAAGCCACUGCCGGUGGCAUCUGAAAGUGGGGCGAGUUACUGCAGUAGCUGCUGCUGCCGCAGAAUGAGCGAGUGAAGAACUGAGAGAGAGCCCCGUUAGCCUCUCCAUCCCGCUCGCUCGGUCUUCAUUCACCAUCUCCAGGAGGUGAACCGGGAACAGAUGCAGUAACCAGGCGGGUGCCUCCCCGGAUCUAUAACUGUGAAGUCCCCACUGUGGAAGAUGGUAAACAAAGACAUGAAUGGAUUCCCAGUCAAGAAAUGCUCAGCCUUCCAGUUUUUUAAGAAGCGGGUACGAAGAUGGAUCAAGAGCCCCAUGGUCAGUGUGGACAAACAUCAGAGCCCCAGCCUGAAGUACACUGGCCCUUCUGGGGUGCACCUCCCUCCCGGGGAACCAGACUUUGAGCCCGCUCUCUGUCAAUCAUGCCUGAGUGACCACGCUUUCCAAAGGGGGAUGCUCCCGCCUGAGGAGUCCUGCUCCUGGGAAAUCCAACCUGGGUGUGAAGUGAAAGAUCCGUGUAAUCAUGCCAACAUCCUGACCAAGCCGGAUCCAAGAACCUUUUGGACGAAUGAUGAUUCAGCUUUCAUGAAACAGAGAAGGAUGGGCCUGAACGACUUUAUUCAGAAGAUUGCCAACAACUCCUAUGCAUGCAAACACCCUGAAGUUCAGUCCAUUUUGAAAAUCUCCCAACCUCAGGAGCCCGAGCUUAUGAACGCCAACCCCUCUCCUCCGCCAAGUCCUUCUCAACAAAUCAACCUUGGUCCGUCCUCCAACCCUCACGCUAAACCAUCUGACUUUCAUUUUUUGAAAGUGAUUGGAAAGGGCAGCUUUGGAAAGGUUCUUCUAGCAAGACACAAGGCAGAAGAAGCUUUCUAUGCAGUCAAAGUUUUACAGAAGAAAGCAAUCCUGAAAAAGAAGGAGGAGAAGCAUAUUAUGUCAGAGCGGAAUGUUCUACUGAAGAAUGUUAAGCACCCUUUCCUGGUGGGCCUCCACUUCUCUUUCCAGACUGCCGACAAACUGUACUUUGUCCUCGACUACAUUAAUGGUGGAGAGCUGUUCUACCAUCUCCAGAGGGAACGCUGCUUCCUCGAACCACGGGCUCGCUUCUAUGCCGCUGAAAUAGCAAGUGCCUUGGGCUAUCUGCACUCCCUGAACAUCGUUUAUAGAGACUUAAAACCAGAGAAUAUUCUCCUGGACUCCCAGGGACACAUUGUCCUCACUGACUUUGGGCUCUGCAAGGAGAACAUUGAACACAAUGGUACAACAUCCACCUUCUGUGGCACGCCUGAGUAUCUUGCUCCUGAGGUGCUCCAUAAGCAGCCGUAUGACAGGACAGUGGAUUGGUGGUGCCUCGGGGCGGUCUUGUACGAGAUGCUCUAUGGCCUGCCUCCGUUUUAUAGCCGGAACACAGCUGAGAUGUACGACAACAUUCUGAACAAGCCCCUCCAGUUGAAACCAAACAUUACAAAUUCAGCAAGGCACCUCCUGGAGGGCCUCCUGCAGAAGGACCGGACAAAGAGGCUGGGUGCCAAGGAAGACUUUAUGGAGAUUAAGAAUCAUAUUUUCUUCUCCCUAAUUAACUGGGACGAUCUCAUUAAUAAGAAGAUUACACCCCCGUUUAACCCAAAUGUGAGCGGACCCAGUGACCUUCGGCACUUUGACCCCGAGUUUACUGAGGAGCCAGUUCCCAACUCCAUCGGCAGGUCCCCAGACAGCAUUCUCAUCACGGCCAGCGUCAAGGAAGCCGCCGAAGCCUUCCUGGGCUUCUCCUACGCCCCUCCCAUGGACUCUUUCCUCUGAACACUCUUGGGAUGGUUCUGAAGGAUCCCCUGCGUGUUUUCUAAGUGUUUCAGUUAGCCUUUGGAGUCGCCAGCUGACAUCUUAAAAGAGAAUUUGCACACCCGGAGGCUAGGCAGUCCCGCCGCCGCAGCCGCACACUGCUCGAGGGAAGCUUUUCGAAGAGCACAUCCUUCUCCUCCUCCUCCUCCUCUUAGUGAGCUCGUGAGGUUUUCAUUUUUACUCUUCCUUCCACCGUGGUGCUAGCUCCCCCGCGAGCGUCGGAGCGCCGACUUAGUUAGACAGACACCUUGGUCUCGUCAGAAGGAAGAUGCAGGUCUGAGAGGGAUCUCCCGCAGGUCUGUCUGAGCUGUGACCACGAAUAUUCUGCAAUGUGCCUUUUCUGAGAUCUUGUUAGCUCCAAAGCUUUUCCUAUCGCAGAGUGUUCAGUUUUUUGGUUUUGUUUGUUUGUUUCUGAUCUUGUGUAUUUCCCGCGUGAACAGUGGUGUGUGAGUGUGCCAUGCCUGGCCGCAGACGGUUUUGUCGUAAGCAUCAAUGUGACACUUGCAGGACACUACAAUGUGGGACAUUGUUUGUUUCUUCCAUAUUUGGAAGAUAAAUUUAUGUGUAGACUGUUUUUUUUUUGUAAGAUAUAGUUAAUAACUAAAAUCUAUUGAAACGGUCUUGCAAUGACGUGCAUCCAGAUGCUUAACGGAAGCAUUGCUGCUACAAAUAUUUCUAUUUUUAGAAAGGGUUUUUAUGGACCAAUGCCCCAGUUGUCAGUCAAAGCCGUUGGUGUUUUCAUUGUUUAAAAUGUCACCUGUAGGAUGGGCAUUAUUUAUGGUUUUUUUUUUUUUUGCAUUCCUGAUUAUUGUAUGUAUCUUGUAAAGAAAGUCUGUACAUUGGGUUAUAACACUAGUAUAUUUAAACUUACAGACUUAUUUGUAAACCAUCAUUUUAAUGUACUGUAAUUAACAUGGUUAUAAUAUGUACAAUUCCUCCUCCCUACCACACAACUUUUUUUGUGUGCAAUAAACCAAUUUUGGUUUGCAAUAAAAUCUUGAAAAAUA